ACGUCCCUUUGGUCGUGGUGAGCGACGACAAUGUCAUUAUUCAACAAGCCGAAGCGGAACAUACGCCGACGUCCGUUCAACGAUGAAGACGAGGAUAAUGAGAACAGAAUGGAGGUGGAGGACGCGCAGCCGGUCAAAGUUAAAACGAAGAAGGAUAAGCCAAAGCAGACGCGCCUUAGCUUUGGCGAGGAGCUGGAGCAAGGGGACGACGGAGAAGUUUUUAUAGUCAAGAAAUCGUCGAGGAGCAAAAAGCUGAUGAAACAGCUAGAUCACGAGAGGAGGAAAAAGAAAGGUGAAGAGAAAAUGCAAGUGGACACUGAGCAAGCGAAUAAAUCCAUUAAGCAGGAAAAAGAUUUAGAAAUAAAGACAGAUGAUCUAGUAGUUAAAAUAAAAAAUACAGGACCCCUGAUUUUAAAUGGACGAGCUGCGUUGGCAGCAGGAAAAGAUGACUAUACAUCGGGUGAGGAGGAGGAUGAGCCCUGCAGUCACAAAUUUCGGAAAAAUACAGAUAAAGCUGAAACUGUGAAAAUACUUCUUGAGAGUGGAUGUAUACCAGACGCCGCUAUGAUUCAUGCAGCGAGAAAGCGCAGACAAAAAGCAAGAGAAUUGGGAACUGAUUACAUUCCUAUUGAGGAGCAGAGCGAUGACAAAGGCAAAUCAAGAUUAAUACGAGAGGAAGAUCAUGAUCGAAGUGACGAUGAUGAUUCUCAAGAUCGAUUAGAUAUGACUGUCAAUACUGAAGCACGUGAUAAAGAAAAGAGAAGAGAAGCAUUUCUUGCUUCUCAAGUUCCAUUAAAAUUUUCAGAUAAUGAAAGUGAACAUGAGAAUGAAGAAGAGGAGUGGGAAGCUCAACAAAUACGAAAAGGUGUAACCGGUGCUCAGAUUGCGGCAGCACAACAGGAUUCUAUGUUGCAACAACAAUACACAAUGGGUAUGAAUGUUAAUCAGAUGAUCGGGUCUGGUGUACCCUUGGAAAUGGUAUUAAUGCCUGCACCGCCACCACCACCGUCCAUUCAACCACCAGAUCCAACAAAAAUCGUACCUGUUACUCCACAAGAAGUCGUGAACAAGAUGCGCGCAAGGUUGGACAACUUGAAAGAGGUACAUAGACGACAUCAGCAAGAUCAGGAUCGUUUAGACAGAGAAUUAGAGCAAACCAUGAAAGAGUUGGACGAAAGUAAAGUUCGCACGCCGCAUUACGCACAACGCUUCAAAUAUUACCAAGAGUUGCGUGGGUAUGUCACUGACUUGGUAGAGUGUCUUGAUGAGAAGCUACCCUCGAUCGUCGAUUUGGAGCAACGCUGGUUAAAUCUGUAUGGCGAACGUUCGACCGAACUGAUGGAACGGAGACGGCAAGAUACGAGGGAUCAGGCGGAAGAAAUAACUACCGCGACAAGAGGUCAAGCCAUGAGAAGAGGACCGGAAGUAGAAGUACACGUACGACGAGCUACAGAGAGAGAAGGUAGAAGAGCCCGUCGCAGAAGAGCAAGAGAAUUAGCUUCAAAUAUGCCAAAACACAUUGAUGGCAUGUCUAGCGAUGAUGAAGUCACCGAGCAACAAAAUCUUGUAUUUAAGCAAGCGAAAGAUGAAAUCGAUAAUAAUUGUAAAGAUAUAUUUUCUGACGUUAGGGAGGAAUAUUGUACAUUACGCGAUAUUCUCUCCAAAUUCGAAUCUUGGAGAGAAACGGACAUGGACGCUUACACGGAAGCUUAUGUAUCAUUGUGUUUACCUAAAAUUAUUUCGCCCAUUAUCAGAUUACAACUAGUUACUUGGAAUCCAAUUAUGGAAAGCGCUGAUCUAGAGAGGACGAAAUGGUAUAAUACGUUGCUUCUGUACGCUUUAGACAGUCAAGAGACAGAGGAGUCGUUGAAACGAGAUCCAGAUGUUAGAUUAAUACCAUCCGCGAUUGAAAAAAUUGUGAUACCAAAAUUGACAUCUAUUAUCGAAAAAAUAUGGGAUCCAAUGUCAACAUCCCAGACGUUACGUCUCGUAGGGACUAUAAAUCGAUUGAUAAAGGAAUAUCCUAAUUUGAACGACACCAGUAAACAAUUGGAAACUCUAUUCAACGCUAUUUUAGAUAAAAUUAAGGCGGCUAUCGAAAAUGACGUUUUCAUACCUAUCUUUCCAAAACAAGUUUGGGACACAAAACACCAAUUCUUUCAAAGACAAUUUGCAAUGGCUGUCAAAUUAUUGCGCAAUUUAUUAAGUUGGCAAGGUCUCCUUGGGGAUGUACAGUUAAAAAAUUUAGCGCUAGGCUCGCUUUUGAAUCGUUAUUUACUUGCUGGAUUACGAGUUUCUUGCCCAACUGACGCUUUAUUCAAAGCAAACAUGAUUAUGAGCACGCUGCCAAGAGCAUGGCUGCAAGGAGAAACGAUCGAACAUCUCAAAAUGUUUGCCACACUUAUUCAACAACUUAGCGAGCAGUUGGAUCAGGCAAACCCUGCACACAAUGAAGCCUGGGAGUACGCCAAGUCCAUCCUGAAAAUAAUCAAGCCCUUAUAAUGUGUUGAUCAUUAUAUACAUGUGUCAGUAAUAUCAAAUUUCAUGCUUUUAGUACCAAUAUGCUUGUUGAUAGGUUUUAUACAUAUAACAUAUGAUAGAAUUCUGUACAUGAUGCAUCACAGUAAAUUGUCAAAUGUGUAAUAUAUAAAGGUACAAUUUUGUAUAGUAAUAAAUUAAAGAACCUGAGACAACACACAACACGAUAUACUUCCCGAUUGUACAUAAGUGAAAAAUAAAUCUGUAAAUAGUGUAUU